AUGUCUUCAUACGCCAUCACCGGAGCCUCCAAGGGCAUUGGCCGCGAGUUCGUGCGCCAACUCGCUGCUGAUACGACCAAUACGGUCCUAGCUAUUGUGCGAGACCCCGAAUCGCCCGAAAUAUCUAAGCUCGCCUCCAAUAACCCUAACGUGCACGUUAUCAAAGGCGACGUUACAGACCCAAAGUCCAUUCUUGAGGCUGCCUCAACCGCAGCCGUCAUCACAGGUGGUAAACUAGACGUGCUUAUCCACAACUCCAACGCCGUUGAUAUGGCUACCAUGUCCUCCAAUCCGACUCAGAUUCCUUUUGAUGCUCAAGCCACUCGAGCAAUUUUUGACCUGCCAUUUAGUACCGCUAUUUACGGCGGUAUAUGGACGACAAACGCCUUCCUACCCUUGAUUGAGAAGGGUAUCCAAAAGAAGAUUGUGCAUAUCUCUAGCGCUAUGGCAGAUUUGGAUUUGAUCAAAAAGAGUGGUGUCAGCUAUGCUGUCGCGUACUCUGUCGCGAAAGCUGGGAUGAAUGUUCAAGUCGCCAAGUACGCAGCAGAACUUGCGCCUAGAGGCAUCAAGGUGUUGGCUUUAAGCCCUGGAUGGGUUGAUACAUGGGAGGGAGAUAAACCUCCCCAGGUAGUGCAAGGGCUCGAAGUCAUGCUGAAGCAGUUUCAGGCAGUCGAGCCUAAGCUCAAGGGGCAGAUUCAGUCCGAGGAGAGUGUCAGAAAGAGCCUCCAGGUAAUUGAGCGUCUGGAUGCGGAGACUAGUGGCCUAUUCCUAAGCCAUCAUGGAGAUAAGGCAAGGUGGGUAUGA